AUGAGCGAUGGCGACAUGGCGGGCAGCCCUGCGGGCGCGGUGGCGCCCCCUGUGAAGAGGAGGUGGGGCCGCGCUGCCUCGUGCGCUGCUCUGCCUGCUGGCAUGGGCGAGGAGGGCGGGGACGGCUUCACCUGUUUCUUGUGCUUGGAUGCGCUGGGCAACGGCAUUGCCAAAACCUGGAAGGGGUUGCUGUUCCACGGGGGUGAGUGCUUCAACGCCGCGCGCGCGUGCAGGCGGACCCUGGAGAAGUACCAGAAGGCUCUUGAUGUCGCCGACAAGAACGCGUCCGAGGACCCGACCGACUGGAGAAAUGACGUUCUCUUGAUGAAGAAGGCCGAGGGUGGAAGGAGCCGCGCUGAAAGCAUAUCUCGCAUCAAGGCGAAAGCAGCGCACGUCGAGAAGUAUUGGGCCCAGGAGGACAUCAAGGACAAGCUGUUUCUGAACCAGCGCAGGUACACAUCUUACGCCGGUCAUUGGGACAAGGUCGAGUCGGACGCGGCGUCGGAAGAUUUCGACAACGAGCUCAGGAGGUUGGAGUCCAUGGGCAUCAAGAAGUUCAACGAGGCAGGAGAGCGGUGUGUCCUUGUGGCUGACAACCCCAGACAGCGUGGUAAGGCGGGUGUAAUCGAGAGCGUGGCCAGCGCCAUGUCUGGCACCGAGAUCACUGCUAUCCAGCUGCUCAAGGAGAAGGCCGCCCUCCGCGAGAAGAUCGCUGACGCGGAGCAGCACGUCAGCGGGCCAUGGGGCAUCUGCGUGAGGAUGACGGUGGCGGACAAGAAGAUCAGCGCGGAGAACAGGAAGUACCUGGAUACUGUCACAGCCGAUGUCGUCAAGAAGCUGAGUGAUGCGGUCACUAAGGCGCGGAUGCUCAAGGAGACCAUUGAUUCUACGAGGGCUUCGCAGCUGGAGGAAACUCUGGCAUCGGUUGAGUCGGCCGUGAGUCUCGUCAGCGUCGAGGUGGCGAAGGCUCAGGAGCACAUGGUGGCCAUCGGGUACUUGUUGAAGGAGGAGGCUCGCCGAGCGGAAGGACGCACGAAAGUCGUCAACCGUCUCGUGAGCGGUGGCUUCCACAAGAACUUUGCUAAGCUUCAGCCAGGCAUGCUUUAUUCGGAUAAGCCUCCAGCCAAUGCCGCGGUGGACCCCGAUGCAUUCGACCACAAGGUGAUCUCUGUUUGGAGAAAGGCCGAUGUGAACUCGGACGCGGUUCAGCCAGCCACGUUCGAAAAGUACGACCUGGGCGAAAGCCCAUGGGGCGCCGCCGCUGGCACGGGCAGCAAGGGUCUUUGCCCGUGGCUUGCGUCUGUCAAGAAGGAGGUGUUCAAGUACGGGCCCAAGUCAUGGCCCCUUCCUGGUGUCGGUUGCUUCGUGACCGUCGAGACGCCCAUGGUGGUCGAGCUCUUGGCGAUCGAGCCCCUGUUGACGAAGGGCAUUACGCUGACUGAUGCAACGGGCUUCCUCACUACGGAUGACGGUAAGACGUACGUGGAGGAGUCCGUGACGCCCAUCAAGAUGAAUGUCGGGUCGUUGUGGGUGCCGUACGGCUACGCGUGCUUGCCACUCUUCACUGCCUUCAAGCCGUCAGAGCAGUGCGAGGGCAUCGCCUUUGCUUGGGUAUGGCACAUCUUCGUGAAGAAUUGGGCCUCCGAGCUCCCGUCCAACGUGUGGCAAGGCAUCCAGAAUUGGAACUUGAAGCAGCUCGAGGCCGAGUCCGCCGCGAUGUGGAAGGAGCUCGAGAACCGUCUGUCGGAUGUCAGCCGUGAGAAGAACAAGACCAUCGAGCGCAUGUGGAAGAAACACCUGGCAUCGCACUUCUUCUACAGCAAGAUCGCCAAGGCACACGACCCGACCAUGUACCAGAAGCACAUGGGCAGGCUAGUCAUCAUCAACUUCACCAGCCCCAGCUUCGCGAUGCUGUGCUCGUGGAUUUUCCAGGACCUUUCCGAGGGCGUCGUGUCCCUCGCAGCAGUGCAGGGCCACGAGGAAAACGUGUCCUAUUGCGGGAGGCUUGCUGGGCCUGAUCCGCCGCUGGGUCACGCGCCUAUGAUCUUGCAGGCAAGCGUCCCUUGCCGAUGGGCGGCGCAGGCAUCGGAGGCGAUGAUGAUGAACCCGCAGGAUCCGUUGCUUGCCCUCGCGCCGGGCGAGUCGAAGGAACUGAAGGGCCAGUUCAAGAAGACGAAGUUCUGCAUCUACUUCAAGAAGAAGAGAACGUGCAGGCUCGGCGAAUGGUGCCCCUUCGCGCACACAAAAGAGGAACUGAAGGAACUCCCGAACCUGGAGAAGACCAGGCUCUGCUUCGCGUUCCUGCGCGGGAAGUGCGACGACAGAAACUGCAGGUACGCUCACGGGCGCAAGGAGCUCCGGGCCACGGACUACUUCUACAAGACGGAGCUGUGCCAUUGGUGGGAGGCUGGCUCCUGUAAG